CAGACACAAAUCCUUUCCCAUCACGCCCAUGGUAUCCUCUCAACUAAUAAAGCACCAACCCAGAGAGUGUUAGCCUUAGUUACCCUUCAGCUUUUCAAUUCAGGGGUGGAUUUAGGGGGUAACACAAUCCAGUGGAAAGAAUGCUGGAUUUACAGUCAGAGAACCUAGGUUCUAAUCCUAGCUUUGCUACUCAUUUCCUGUGUGACUCAAUUUCUUCAUCUGUAAAAUGAAGAUUAGGUAGAUUCAAUGACUUCAAAGGUCUCUUCUAUCUAUGAUUCUCUGAUCUCUAAAAUUAUUUGAAAAAGGUAGUUAUUGUUUUAAAAUUAAGUGGUCGGGCAGUUCCAGAAAGGCCCAUUUUGCAUUCAUUCCUUUUUGUGCUUUGCAAUCAUUUCAGUCCUUAGACCAAAGUGGUAAAACAGGAUUUUCCUUUCUUCCCUUGGUGGUCUCAUUCCCUGCAGCUUGUUCAUAAGGCGAGGCUAUAUCCCCCAACAUAACAAUUUUUGUCUGAUUCAUUAACAGGCUAGUCAUUAUUUAGGAAGUAACCCUUCCCCAAAGAGCUGACACGUUCACUCUGAUCCCGAAACAGGAAACAGCACCAACAUUUUCCUUCAACUGUAAAAUCUCAGCUCUGCUGCCUCUCUAAUAACUCCCCGUCCCCUGGCCCAUCUACCCUAGUGGAGAAUCUAAGAGGUCGUGGCAAAAAAGGAGGCUCCUGUCAGCCCAGGAACGCCUGCCCUCACUGACCUCGGUAGCAAUGUUGCCUCUCAUCGCUGGAGAUAACCUUGGUGAUUUCAGCAAAUAAGAAGAUCCAGAAUGCUUACUGACCCAUGACUCCCAACAGUAUGUCAGAAAAUGGCCUUCCAGCAUGGGACAAGCGGAAGCCUCCUCCGCCUCCCCCUGACCAAGACUACCCCUGGGGCCUCGUAGGAAUGUCCGAAGACUGCUUACAUAGGAAGGGCCACUCAGAGAGCAGCGGCGGGCUGUUGAAGAGUGAGCCGCCGCCACCGGCAUCCCGGCUCCAGACGACAGCAGCUUGGACUAGCUCAGUGUUCCACCUGGACCCGGGCGAAGCCCACGAGCAGGGCGUGGCGAGCACCCAGGCCGACCCCACCGAAGAGAAGAAAUGUAAAGGGUACAUACCCAGUUACUUAGACAAGGACGAGCUAUGUGUAGUUUGUGGUGACAAAGCCACUGGUUAUCACUACCGAUGCAUCACUUGUGAAGGCUGCAAGGGUUUCUUUAGGAGAACCAUUCAGAAAAAUCUCCACCCAUCCUAUUCCUGUAAAUAUGAAGGAAAGUGUGUAAUAGACAAAGUCACUCGGAACCAGUGCCAGGAAUGUCGCUUCAAGAAAUGCAUCUAUGUUGGCAUGGCAACCGAUUUGGUAUUGGAUGACAGCAAGCGGUUGGCAAAGAGGAAGCUGAUAGAAGAAAACCGAGAGAAAAGGCGCCGAGAAGAACUGCAGAAAACCAUUGGGCACAAGCCGGAGCCAACAGACGAGGAAUGGGAGCUCAUCCGAGCGGUCACAGAAGCCCACGUGGCCACCAACGCGCAAGGCAGCCACUGGAAGCAGAAGAGGAAAUUUCUGCCUGAAGAUAUUGGACAAGCUCCGAUAGUCAAUGCCCCAGAAGGUGGAAAAGUAGACUUGGAAGCCUUCAGCCAGUUUACAAAAAUCAUCACACCAGCAAUUACGAGAGUGGUGGAUUUUGCCAAAAAGUUGCCUAUGUUUUGUGAGCUGCCAUGCGAAGAUCAGAUAAUCCUGCUGAAAGGCUGCUGUAUGGAGAUCAUGUCCCUCCGAGCGGCUGUGCGCUAUGACCCCGAGAGUGAGACUUUAACCUUAAAUGGGGAGAUGGCCGUGACGAGGGGCCAGCUGAAAAACGGAGGCCUGGGGGUGGUGUCUGACGCCAUCUUUGACCUGGGCAUGUCACUGUCUUCUUUCAACCUGGAUGACACUGAAGUAGCCCUCCUUCAAGCAGUCCUGCUCAUGUCUUCAGAUCGCCCAGGGCUUGCCAGCGUUGAGAGGAUAGAGAAAUGUCAGGAGGGUUUCCUACUGGCCUUUGAACAUUAUAUCAAUUACCGCAAACAUCACGUUGCACACUUUUGGCCAAAGCUGCUGAUGAAGGUGACGGACCUACGGAUGAUUGGCGCCUGCCAUGCCAGCCGCUUCCUACACAUGAAGGUGGAGUGCCCCACAGAACUCUUUCCCCCUCUGUUCUUGGAAGUGUUCGAGGAUUAAGAAGGACUGGUUGGAUUCUCACAAUUCUGACAAUGCUACUUAUGGGGUGUCAUUCCAUUCCAUUGCCUAGCUCUUUUGUGUUUCUCUGUAUCUUGGGGGGGGGGAUUUUUGUUGUCGUUGUUGGGAGGGGAAGGCUGUUGUUGGCUUUUUCUUUUUUUGCAUUGAUAUACACAGGUGAAAAUGUCCCCUGAAUGUGGGUACAUGUGACUAUCACAGUCCGUCCUCCAGUCCGUAGGUGUGAAUGCUUUGAAAAUGGCGCAGUAGCAAGGUGGGGAGAAAGCUCAGGAGUUCACCAGCACGAAGUGAUCACCAGCGUCCAUCUUUCCCCAGUCGAUGGUGAUACAAAGUAAAGCUGCAAAACAAUGAGUGACACAUUCUGUUGUCUUGACUUAGUGAAGGACUUUAUCGAUUAGGUUCCAUUUUGUAGGGCACAAAGAAAUCUUGCAAUGAAUGUAGCUUCCAUGUAUGUGUCCCCUCCCCCCAAGCUGAUCUGUAGUAUCUCAGAUCCUUACUCUUGCUCAUUUUCUUAAGACAUCCAUCCUUUUCCUGCCCAAAUAGGAACAUAGACCUAGGACUUGGAGUGGGGCUUUAGGAGGCAUUUAGUCCAAAACCUUCCACUUUAAAGAUAGGGAAACUGAGUUCCAGAGGGGGUUAAGUGAUUUGUCCAGAGAUACAUGCCCAUUAAGUGAAAGAGCUGGGAUUUAAAGCCCAAGAACCUCUAACUCAAAACCCAGCAUUUUUUUUCCACUGUACUAUGAAUUAUAUCUUAGAUAUAUGACCGUAAGGAUAUCUGUUCUCUAUCAAGUCAGAUCUAUCUUUCAAUGGAAUAUUUCUGUGAUCCUUGCAGUUGAGUUCACACUCAAUGCAGGGAGUAAAUCAAAGAUGUAGAUGGGUUUGUUGAACUAAUGGAGUACAUACAGCAUGGGGGGAGGAAGGGGUUGGGUGAUCACAAGGAAAUUGGAAAUCUAUGCGAAGGCCAAGGACUCUACAAUGCACAGGAGAGUACUGGUUACAAGAGGCAACCACUGGGUGUGUUUAGAGAUGAAGGAAACUUGAACAUGAACCCAACAGAUUUACCGAAUGGGGUCACUUUUUAAUGGCGGUGGUUCUUCCACGUUGUCACUGAAGUUAUGUGCCCUAAUUGCCCAAGUGAGAGGUGAUCCUUAUUGAGCUGACGACUGCUUUUCCUGCAGAUUAAAUCUUCUAAUCAAAGGCAGCAGUAAAGUAUCAAUCUGAGUCUGGUUGAGGAAGUGUUCCAAGGAAAGAGAUGAGCUAGAGUUAGGUUCAAAGCAGAAGAAAAAUGAGAUAUCCAAUGGUCCCAUUGUAAACCGGUACUUUAUAGAAAUCCUCCCAUUACUCUGAGAUAUGCAUUUUUAAAAAAUCACAUACAUUAAAAAAAAAAGACACGCAUAAAAUCAAAAGAUCAUAGAUGUGGAGCUAGAAGAAAGCUCAGAGGUUACCUUUCGUUUUACAGAUGAAGAAAUUAAGGCCCAGAGAAAUUGAUUGACUUAGCUAAAUUCACAGCACUAAGCCAUGUCUGAGUGAGGAUUUGAACUCUCUGUCCUCUGUCUUUGCAGCCCGUAAGUACAUCCUACUGUCAUUCCCCAUUCCUAGCCCUUCUUUUUCCAGACUUAAAAUCUAUUGCAAGAACAUUAACAUGAAGUUGCUUGGUUUUUGUUUUGUUUUUGUUUUGAAAUCAGACUUAGAACGUUGAAUUUUCACUAUACCAUAUAGCAAGUAAGCAGGAUUUGAACCUCGCUCCAGAUCCAUGUCAUUUCCACUACAGCACACUGCCCCUCUCACCAACACUAAUAAAUUUCCCCUGAAUCCCUGUAUAGAGCUUCAUCGUUAUUUACUAGACAAAGAUAAAUUUUCACCUCUUUCCAUCUUAUUUUCUUGUACUAUUGUUCCAGAAGAGUAUUCAGAAUGGAGGUUCCUGCAGGCUGGAAGCUAGGUGGGAGUGGAUAGAGCACUGGACCAGGAGUCAGGAAGAUCUGAGUUCAAAUUUGGCCUUAGACACUUACUAUCUAUGU